AAAUAGAAUAUCGAUGGUUAUGCUUGGGAUGCCUGUGGUAAGUUAAAUCAGUACUGUUGACCAGCGGAGAUGUCCAUGGGGAGGUGAAAUAAGAUUCGAAUGUGGAUCAAGAUAUUCCUUCAAAAAUGGUUAAACUAAACGUGUCGAUGUUGAGGUAUCUUUCCAGAGAUCACUUUAGGGUUUUAACAGCAGUUGAGAUGGGUAUGAAGAACCAUGAGCUAGUCCCUGCUUCACUUGUUGCAUCUAUAGCUGCCCUCAAGCAUGGUGGCUGUUACAAAAUCCUCAGAGAACUUGUGAAGCACAAACUGAUAGCUUAUGACAAUGGAAAAGCUGUUGGAUACAAAUUGACCUAUGGUGGGUAUGAUUACCUUGCUCUAAAGGCGCUGUCCGCUCAUGAUAUUAUACAUUCAGUUGGAAAUCAAAUUGGCAUGGGAAAAGAGUCAGAUAUUUAUAUUGUCGCAAAUGAAGAAGGACAGCAAUUUGCUCUCAAGCUGCACAGGUUAGGAAGAACAUCAUUUAGAAAACUCAAAGAAAAAAGAGACUACCUGAAGAAACGACAAAAUUCCUCUUGGUUAUACCUUUCUCGUCUGGCAGCCAUGAAAGAGUAUGCUUACUUAAAGGUGCUGCAUGAUAAUCAGUACCCCGUGCCAAAACCAGUUGAUUACAACAGACAUGCUGUGGUGAUGCAACUUGUUGAUGGCUACCCUUUAUGUCAAGUUCGUGAGUUAGAAAACCCUGGUGCAGUAUUCAGUGAUAUGAUGGAUCUGAUUGUCCGUCUUGCUGGCUUUGGCUUAAUUCAUUGUGAUUUUAAUGAAUUCAAUUUAAUAUUAAAUGGCAAAGAUCAGGUGACCGUUAUUGAUUUCCCACAGAUGGUUUCAACAUCACAUCUCAAUGCUCAAUGGUACUUUGACCGAGACGUUCAGUGCAUACGAGACUUUUUCUUGCGGCGAUUUAAUUUUGAGGGUGAAGCCUACCCAAAGUUUUCAGAUAUAGUGCGUUCCCAAAAUCUAGAUGUUGAAAUAGCAGCCAGUGGUUUUACGAAGGAAAUGGACAAGACAUUUGAAGAGGAAGCUGCAGCAGCACUUGGAACAAUGCGCAAAGAACAAGAACAUCUGGAAGAAAGCCCAAUGGAAGAAGUUGUUGAUGAUGAUGAUGUUGAUGAUGAUGAUGAUUUAGAAUUGAAACCAGAAUCAGAAACCAGUUGUAGGGAUCAUUUAUCACCUUGUGAAGAUGAGAAAAAGACUAGUGGAACAACAGAAGAAAGAGUAGCAACUACAACACCUAACACGACCACACUAGAAGCAACAACACAAGCAACAGAAGAUGGCAAUCAAGAUCAAAGCGACGAAUCUGACCUUGAGGACUUGAGUAACAUUAACCGAACUCAUAGACCAUACCGUGAUGUCAAUGAUGAUGUAAUGGAUCAUGAUGGCACUGAUGAUGUCACAACAGAGACACCUGUACUGUCUACUAUUGACUCUGUUGAAGUGAGAAAAAGAGUUAAAAAGAGUCUGAUGAAGAAACAGCAAAUGGCUAGACGAAGGAAAAAAGGGGAGGAAGGAGCUAUGACAAGAAGUAGAAGAGAGAAAAGAGAUGAUGUGAAGCAAAGUGUGCAUGCAUAUAACAGUGGAUGGUAGUGGUAUGUUACCUGCAUGACACGGAGGGAGGAAGGAGCUAUGACAAGAAGUAGAAGAGAGAAAAGAGAUGAUGUGAAGCAAAGUGUGCAUGCAUAUAACAGUGGAUGGUAGCUGUAUUAUACCUGCAUGACACGGAGGGAGGAAGGAGCUAUGACAAGAAGUAGAAGAGAGAAAAGAGAUGAUGUGAAGGAAGGUGUACAUGCAUAUAACAGUGAAUGGGAAAUGCUUAAGACAAAAGGGCUUACCCUCUCAACCAAUAAUCGUGCACCCUUAAGUCAGAGCAAACCUGAAGUCUUGGCAGAAUUAAGGAGAGAGAAAAAGAGAUUUAAGGAUUGUAUCAUACAAUAUGAAUAUAAAAAUCUUUUAUAUAUC